AAAAAGGAGAAAAUAAGAGAGGAGAAGACAGCUGGUCGGCGCUCUCACCCGAUGUUUCUCAGCAAGAGCAGCCCUAUAAUAAAAACAAGAACAAAAACAAGAAGAUGAAGAAGAUGUAAGGCCUGUUCAUAAUAUUCAAACAUUAAUAACAUAAGAAGAUCCAUUUCUUCCUUUUAGCUGCAACUCACAGAUCAUUCCCUCUUCCCCUCCCCCCCCCCACCAUCUUCCCUUUCCUUCUAUCUCUCUCUCAUUUUUAGCUCAUUUCAGUCAUUUUUGUCAGUGGUAUUGAUGAGUAAUCAUUAAAUGAAGAGAAGGCCGUGAGCAAAACUUUGACUGUUUCAUGGGCAACACAUGCCGCGGAUCUUUCAAAGGGAAACUUUAUCAGGGCUACACUCAGCCCGAGGAACAAUCCACGGCUUCCCAUACCAAUCGCAAUCCUUCCUCUGACAAUUCCAACUCUGAACAUUCUCCUUCCACCCUCGCUGCUCAAGAAUUUUCCAAGGAAAACUCCAUAAAGGAUAACAAUUUACCUAUCGUUAGCCCCAAAAAAAAAGAUUUAAUUAUGAGGCGUGGUGUUGAUACUCAAUCUUAUUAUGUUUUGGGUCAUAAAACUGCAAACAUUCGUGAUCUUUACACCUUAGGCCGUAAAUUAGGACAAGGACAAUUUGGGACUACUUAUUUAUGCAUUGAGAAUUCUACAGGGAUUGAAUAUGCCUGUAAGUCUAUAUCCAAGAGGAAAUUGAUUUCCAAGGAGGAUGUUGAGGAUGUUCGCAGGGAGAUUCAGAUAAUGCACCAUUUGGCUGGUCACAAGAAUAUUGUAACUAUUAAGGGAGCUUAUGAGGAUUCAUUGUACGUGCAUAUUGUUAUGGAGCUUUGCUCUGGCGGAGAAUUGUUUGAUAGAAUCAUCCAGAGGGGCCAUUAUAGUGAGAGGAAAGCAGCUGAAUUGACCAAGAUUAUUGUAGGUGUUGUUGAGUCAUGUCAUUCACUUGGGGUUAUGCAUAGAGAUCUAAAGCCUGAGAAUUUCUUGUUGGUGAACAAGGAUGAUGACUUUUCACUAAAAGCCAUUGAUUUUGGACUUUCUGUAUUCUUCAAACCAGGUCAAGUUUUCACUGAUGUGGUUGGAAGUCCAUAUUAUGUUGCUCCUGAGGUACUCCUCAAGCAUUAUGGGCCAGAAGCAGAUGUAUGGACAGCUGGGGUCAUAUUGUAUAUAUUGCUAAGUGGGGUGCCACCAUUUUGGGCAGGUAAGUGUCAUUUGUUUUGCUGCUACAACACAAGUUUUAAUUUGCUGCACAAUCAACUGAAGGUUACAUCUUUUUGGGGUUCAGAAACACAGCAAGGAAUAUUUGAUGCGGUGCUGAAGGGAUAUAUUGACUUUGAGUCAGACCCUUGGCCCCUUAUAUCAGAUAGUGCUAAAGAUCUUAUCCGGAAGAUGCUUUGCUCUCAACCUUCAGAACGCUUGACCGCUCAUGAAGUGCUAUGCCAUCCUUGGAUUUGUGAAAAUGGAGUUGCUCCUGAUAGAGCACUGGACGCAGCUGUACUUUCUCGUCUCAAACAAUUCUCUGCAAUGAAUAAAUUGAAGAAGAUGGCUUUACGGGUAAUAGCUGAGAGUCUUUCUGAGGAGGAGAUUGCUGGUUUGCGAGAGAUGUUCAAGGCUAUGGAUACUGAUAACAGUGGUGCAAUCACAUUUGAUGAACUAAAAGCUGGCUUGAGAAGAUAUGGCUCUACCAUGAAAGAUACAGAAAUACGUUAUCUUAUGGAUGCGGCUGAUGUGGACAACAGUGGGACUAUUGAUUAUGGAGAAUUUAUUGCUGCAACAGUUCAUCUUAACAAAUUAGAACGAGAGGAACAUCUUGUUGCAGCAUUCCAAUACUUUGAUAAGGAUGGAAGUGGUUACAUCACCGUUGAUGAGCUUCAGCAAGCAUGUGCAGAACAUAACAUGACUGAUGUUUUCCUUGAAGAUAUAAUCAGAGAAGUUGAUCAAGAUAAUGAUGGAAGGAUUGAUUAUGGUGAAUUUGUUGCCAUGAUGCAAAAAGGCAAUGCUGGGAUUGGUAGACGAACUAUGAGAAACAGUCUGAAUAUGAGCAUGAGAGAUGCACCAGGUGCUCAAUAGCUUGCAAUUGCGCGUCAUGUACAGGCUAUACAGCAAAGCUGGAAGAGGAGGGCGAUGAGAAGAGAUUUUGUUUCCUUCCUUCCUCCAGGCACAAGAUUUGGGUUUCAGAUGUUAUGUGCUCAAGCAUUUGUUCAGAUAUGCAUUUUAUAUUGCUUUAUGACUGAGGAAAAAUCAUUCUAAGCUUUGUAAACUUUUCAAGUGUGAGGUGUUUAGCUGUUCCAGAUUGCCAAUUUAUUUUAUGGUGUUUUUGUUUUGAGGCUUUCUUUAUAUUGAUUUUGGAGGCAAUCUUUAGUUCAUUUGUUGCUAGUGCUUGGCAUGUAUGUAAAAAGCCUUGACGAUAUGCUAGUGCUUGGGGUUGGGCCUACCUCUACCAAUUAUAAAAGCGUUGGGUGAUGAAUUGUCAAAUAGACUAAACAUUGAAUUCCUUAGUACAGGAUACGUUUCAGCUGGUACAAGGAUCUGACUAUUUUGAUUAAUAAAUUCUAAUUCACUGUGCAUUAUUUAAA